GUAUCGGUGGCGGCGGUAAGGUGUCGCUUCUGUAGAGUGGCUCUUCCCUCCCCUCCCCCAGCUCGGUGGCGGCGGCCCCUCCCACUGAGGGUGGCGCAGCCACGGUGCCAUCUGGACCAUGGCGGCGACUACGGCUAACCCAGAAAUGACAUCAGAUGUACCAUCACUGGGUCCCACUAUUGCUUCUGGAAACCCUGGACCUGGGAUUCAGGGUGGAGGAGCUGUUGUACAGAGGGCUAUUAAGCGACGAUCAGGGUUGGAUUUUGAUGAUGAUGGAGAAGGGAACAGUAAAUUUUUGAGGUGUGAUGAUGAACAGAUGUGUAAUGACAAAGAGCGUUUUGCCAGGUCGGAUGAUGAGCAGAGCUCUGCGGAUAAGGAGAGACUGGCCAGGGAAAAUCAUAGUGAAAUAGAGCGGCGGCGACGGAACAAGAUGACAGCUUACAUCACAGAACUGUCAGACAUGGUACCUACCUGUAGCGCCCUGGCUCGAAAACCAGACAAGCUGACCAUCUUACGAAUGGCUGUUUCUCACAUGAAGUCCUUGAGGGGAACUGGCAACACAUCAACUGAUGGCUCCUACAAGCCAUCUUUCCUCACUGAUCAGGAACUGAAACAUUUGAUCUUGGAGGCAGCAGACGGCUUUCUGUUUAUUGUCUCCUGUGAGACUGGCCGUGUGGUUUAUGUCUCUGAUUCAGUGACUCCUGUUUUGAAUCAGCCACAGUCUGAAUGGUUCGGGAGCACACUUUAUGAUCAGGUGCACCCAGACGAUGUGGAUAAACUCCGAGAGCAGCUGUCUACUUCAGAAAAUGCCCUGACAGGGCGAAUCCUGGAUCUGAAGACUGGAACAGUGAAAAAGGAAGGUCAGCAGUCUUCCAUGAGGAUGUGUAUGGGCUCCAGGAGGUCGUUUAUUUGUCGGAUGAGGUGUGGCAAUAGCUCCGUGGACCCAGUUUCCAUGAAUAGACUGAGCUUUUUGAGGAAUAGAUGCAGGAAUGGCCUUGGCUCUGUGAAGGACGGAGAACCUCACUUUGUGGUGGUCCACUGCACAGGCUACAUCAAGGCCUGGCCUCCAGCAGGUGUCUCCCUCCCAGACGAUGACCCAGAGGCUGGCCAGGGGAGCAAAUUCUGCCUAGUGGCCAUUGGCAGGUUGCAGGUGACUAGUUCUCCCAACUGUACAGACAUGAGUAACAUCUGCCAACCAACAGAGUUCAUCUCCCGACACAACAUUGAGGGGAUAUUCACUUUUGUAGAUCAUCGCUGUGUGGCUACUGUUGGCUACCAGCCACAGGAGCUCUUAGGAAAGAAUAUUGUAGAGUUUUGUCAUCCUGAAGAUCAACAGCUUCUAAGAGACAGCUUUCAGCAGGUGGUGAAAUUAAAAGGCCAGGUGCUAUCUGUCAUGUUCCGAUUCCGAUCUAAGAACCGAGAAUGGCUCUGGAUGAGAACCAGCUCAUUUACGUUCCAAAACCCUUAUUCAGAUGAAAUUGAAUAUAUUAUCUGUACCAACACCAAUGUGAAGAACACUAGCCAGGAACCACGGCCUACACUUUCUAACACAAUUCAGAGGUCACAGCUAGGUCCGACAACCAGUUUAUCCCUAGAGAUGGGUACAGGGCAGCUGGCAUCCAGGCAGCAGCAGCAACAGCAGCAGCAGCAAGCAGAAUUGGAUAUGGUACCAGGAAGAGAUGGGCUAGCCAGCUAUAACCAUUCCCAGGUUUCUGUCCAGCCUGUGGCAACUACAGGAGCAGAACACAGCAAGCCCCUUGAAAAGUCAGAUGGUCUCUUUGUCCAGGACAGAGAUCCAAGGUUUUCAGAAAUCUAUCCCAACAUCAGUGCAGAUCAGAGUAAAGGCAUCUCCUCCAGCACUGCCCCUGCCACCCAACAGCUAUUCUCCCAGGGCAGCUCAUUCCCUCCUACCCCCCGGCCGGCAGAGAACUUCAGGAAUAGUGGUCUGAGCCCUCCUGUAACCAUUGUCCAGCCGUCAUCUUCUGCAGGGCAGAUGUUGGCCCAGAUUUCUCGUCACUCCAACCCUACCCAGGGAGCAGCUCCAACUUGGACCCCUAGUACCCGGCCAGGCUUCUCUGCCCAGGCUACAGCCAAGACUCGUUCUUCCCAAUUUGGUGUGAGCAACUUUCAGACUUCCUCCUCCUUCAGUGCUAUGUCUCUCCCGGGUGCUCCCACGGCCUCCCAGGGUACUGCAGCCUACCCUGCUCUCACCAACCGUGCAUCCAACUUCCCUCCUGAGAGUGGACAGACUUCAGGACAGUUCCAGACCCGGACAGCAGAGGGUGUGGGUGUCUGGCCACAGUGGCAGAGCCAGCAGCCCCAUCAUCGGUCCAGUUCCAACGAGCAACAUGUUCAGCCAGCUUCAGCACAGCCAUCUAGCCAGCCUGAGGUCUUCCAGGAAAUGUUGUCCAUGCUGGGAGACCAGAGCAACAGCUACAACAAUGAAGAAUUUCCUGAUCUAACUAUGUUUCCCCCCUUUUCAGAAUAGAACUAUUGGGGUGAGGAUAAGGGCGGGGAAAAUCACUGUUUGUUUUUAAAAGCAAAUCUUUUGUAAACAGAAUAAAAGUUCCUCUCCCUUCCCUUCCCUCACCCCUGAUAUGUACCCCCCUUCACCCCUUGACUCUGAAGUAACAUUUAUAGAAGAAAUGAAAUGAAUUCCCAGGCUUUUAGGGUCCUCUGAAAAUCUGAAGACAGGUGAGGUUGGAAGUCCUGUCCUUACGUCUUCUUACCAGAAGUGGCACAGAAGUGGUGUUUGCCUGAGUCAAGGGGCAGAAUAGAAGAACCUGACAGCACUAAUUGCCUUGGAGACUGUGGCUUGUUUUGAAUACAAACUCUGAAUAGAAUGGAGGAGAGGAGAAAGAAACAUCCUCAUAACCAAGGAUCAUGAAAAUUCAUAGGUAUAUGUGGAGCUUUAGGAGGUGAACAAUCCCCUGGAAAGAAACAUGAAAGAGUGUGUGUGUGUGUGUGUGUGUGUGUGUGUGUGUGUGUG